UAGAACGCUUAUCAUUCAGUACAAAUUGACACAAUUUAACAGACACAACACCUGAUCUUCAAAAUGGUAAAAGCAAAAAAGUUUAUUCUUAAAGAGCCUUUUGACGGCUUUCCAAAACGAAGUGACUUCGAACUUCAGGAAGAGGAUCUCCCAGCGUUGCAGGAUGGAGAAUACCUUGCCGAGGCAUUGUUUCUGAGCGUGGACCCGUAUAUGAGAGAAUAUAUGGCAAGAUUUCCCCCUCGUUCAAUAAUGGUAGGGAUUCAAGUAGCAAAAGUGUUAGAAAGCAGAAACAAGGACUACACCCCUGGUGAACUUGUUGUACUGCAGUCAGGCUGGAGGACGCAUACCAUAUCAGAUGGGAAAAAGAACGACGACUACAAACUACCUCCAAUGGGCGACCUAAGUCCUUCAUUGGGCUGUGGGUCUGUUGGAAUGCCAGGUAUGACUGCCUAUUUCGGGUUCCUAGAAUUGUGCCAACCUAAGGCGGGAGAGACCGUAGUGGUCUCUGGCGCUGCAGGAGCUGUAGGAAGCCUGGUUGGACAAAUUGCAAAAUUAAAGAAAUGUAAAGUGAUUGGGUAUGCUGGAACUGACGCAAAGUGUGAAUGGCUGAAGGAACUUGGUUUCGAUCAUGCUUUCAACUAUAAAACUACGGACAUAGCCCAGUCUCUAAAGGAAGCAGCUCCCGAGGGAGUCGACUGCUAUUUUGAUAAUGUUGGGGGCAUGACAGCGGUGACAGUGAUGAGUCAUAUGAAUCUAUUUGGGAGGAUUGCGAACUGUGGCGACAUCUCAUCUUACAAUGAUACAGAAGUUGCAACAGGUCCUUAUAUAUUCGGGCUGAUGGUCAGUAAACAGCUACGCAGUGAAGGGUUUAUUGUACACCGAUGGAGAGAUAGUUGGCCUAAAGGUCUGAUGCAAAUGAUAGAGUGGAUAAAAGAGGGUAAGGUGAAGGUCAGAGAGCACGUGACACAAGGAUUCGAGAAAAUGCCCGAGGCUUUCAUGGGAAUGCUUCGCGGAGAAAACACUGGGAAGGCAGUUGUCGCUGCCGAGUCAUCGUAUGAGAAGUACACAAAACUUGGACAAACCAUGUCAUAA